AUGGAACACUCUCUUGAAGGUUACUUCAAAGUGGUUUGUUACUUCACCAAUUGGGCCUGGUACCGACAAGGUUACGGGAAAUAUCUUCCAGAGGACAUCAAUUACAAACUUUGCACACAUAUUGUUUACGGGUUCGCUGUUUUGGAUGGUGAAAACUACAUCAUUAAACCUCAUGAUUCCUGGGCUGAUGAAGAAAAUNCAGCAAUUUUCUUGAGAGAGGCGAAGAGACCCAAGGAUAGCACAAAAAGGAGAAAACUCAAGGAGAAGACGGAGGAAGAGGAGCCGACAACGGAGGAGGAGGACCCGGACGACGCAGCCAUCAAUGCCGGUCUCACCGUGGACGAUUUCUUCAUCUACGAGAAGAAUCCUUGCAGAAAAUACGAAGAGCACGGAACUGAAAAUAAGCACAAAUACAAGAAGGGCUGCAAGCACAUGGUCGUCCGGACCAAGAAUUACACCGUGCACGUCAGGGCGCUACCCCGGUGCCCGGACAUGGGAGGGGGCAGAUGUUUCGAGUUCCCCGGGCUCUCAGGGCGCUGCUACGUCCUCACCAACAACACUGCACCCAAGUCGUUGAGGAAAUGGGUCCUUGUCAACAAUUGCUUUGACUGGGUGUCAUCCCAGAACACACAGGCGACAGACACCAACCCGAACCCAGUAACGAGCCCGCCGUCCGGGAGGAACGUAGUGGACAAGAAAUCCAAAUCGCGAUCGCCGAAAGCGCCCAGUUCGUGGAAGCCCUUCACGCUGCCGACGAGCACGGCGGGGGUGCGUGCGGCUCAGAAGAGGGUCAAGGGAAAGCGCGGGAAGCGGCUCAAGGAGGAGGGCGACGAGCCGGAGGAGGUGGAACCGACCGACCCCAGCGACGACGUCAUCGACUCCCCCCUCACUGUCGACGGGAUCUUCAUCUACCAGGAUAACCCGUGCAAGAAUUACAAGGAGAACCAGUUCAUUCCCACCCUCUCGAACUACCAUCGCAAGGUGGGCUGCAGGCAUAUCGCCCGGCGGAUCAAGACGUACAGCCUCCUCAGGCCGGGAGGCCUCCCCAACUGCCCAGAUCCCGGCCCCGGCAGGUGCUUCGCGUUUGACAAACACGUUGGCAGGUGCUACCUCCUUGUCAACAAAACCCAACCCCGAAAUGUGAGGAAGUUCGUGCUUGCAAACAACUGCUUCUACAGUCCUUCUAUUCUACCACCGUCGAAUAUCAUACCGCCGGCUGUUGCAACACCUCCUCUGGCUCCGCCGCCUGUGCCAGUUGCUUUUCCUGGGUAAGGAGCAUCGAUAGAGCUAAAGAUAGAGCAUCGAAGAGCUAUAAUAGAGUGGAGGCGCCCCCCUCCCCCCAUCCUCGGCACCAGGAUAGCUCACUGGACAAAAUGGGUCUGUUUCACGCGAGAGAUACAGACAAAUAUUUUAAAUGUAUUUUAAAUUGUAAACUUGAAAUUUUCUUGUAAUGCAAAUAAAUAUAAAUGAAUUAAAAUAAGAUAAAGUGAAUGAGAAGUGAAUAAGUUAAAAAGAGAAAAUAAUACAUAGAGGAUCAGAAAAACCGAUCGGAGCAAAUCUCAUAAAAACUUGUAAAUGUCUUCUUUUUAUUCAAUAUAUUUUACUAAAUG